GUUGUUGCCUCCAUACCCCAUCAGCGAAGGCGAAGCACCAUAUAUAUCGCUCCUCCCACUCUGUCCAGGCAACCAGAACACAGUUGAACUGUGAGAGACACACCACAUCAUAGGCUAAGGAGAAAUGGCGGGUGUUCAGUUGGGCGGCGAAGGUGAACUGAAGCUGCUGGGCACAUGGGCGAGCCCAUGGGUGUCCAGAGUGAAACUUGCCCUCCACCUGAAGGGCUUGAGCUACGAGUACAUCGAGCAGGACCUCGACAACAAGACCAGCCUUCUCCUCGCGUCCAACCCGGUGCACAAGAAGGUGCCCGUGCUCAUCCACAACGGCAAAGCAAUCUGCGAGUCGCGCGUCAUCCUGGAGUACAUCGACGAGGCCUACAGCGCCACAGGCCCUUCCCUCCUGCCCGCCGACCCCUACGAACGCGCGAUCGCUCGGUUCUGGGCUGCCUACAUUGACGACAAGCUGGUUGUCCCGUGGGUUCAGGCGUUCAAGAACAAUACAGAAGAGGAGAGGAACGAAGGGAUGAAGCAGACGUUGGCAGCAGCAGAGACGCUGGAGGGAGCCCUGAAGGAGUGCUCCAAGGGGAAGCCCUUCUUUGGCGGCGAUAGCAUGGGGUAUGUUGACGUCGUGCUGGGCGGUCUCAUCUCGUGGCUGCAGGGAACGGAGGAGCUCUGCGGUGCCAAGCUCUUUGACGAUGCCAACACCCCGCUUCUGCUCUGCUGGGUCGAGCGGUUUGUCGCGCUGGACGCCGCCAAGGUGGCUCUUCCCGAUGUCGGCGAGCUGGUUGAGUUCGCCAAGAUGAGGCUUGCCCAGCUAGGUGCUGCAGCGGCGGCUGCUGCAACUGUGCCUCCCAAGAACUACACUACACACCAGCGGCAACGAGCCAACAACCAUCUCAGCUCAGUCCUGACAGCAGAAGCACCACAGCGGCCGACGAUGUCGCCGGAGAAACAGGAGACGGCGGCGGCGGUGCGCGUGCUGGGCAGGUGGCCGAGCCCGUUUAUGAUCCGGGUCCUGAUAGCGCUGCGGCUCAAGGGGGUGGAGUACGAGCUCGUGGAGGAGCCCAUGGGCAACAGGAGCGAGCUGCUACUUGCGUCCAACCCCGUGCACAGGAAGAUCCCCGUGCUCCUGCACCAUGGCAGGGCCGUCUCCGAGUCCCUGAUCAUCGUCCAGUACGUCGACGAGGUAUGGGCCUCUCAGGGCCCGGCGAUCCUCCCGUCCGACCCCCACGCACGGGCUGCCGAGCGGUUCUGGAGCCAGUACGUCGACGACAAGUUUCCAACGGCGAUCCGUGUGCUGAGGGGGAAGGUGGCUGGAGACAAGGACGAAGCUGCCGCUCAGGUGGCCGCCGCUCUUGAGCACCUGGAAGAGGCCUUGGUCCGGUGCGGCCAAGGAAAGGGCUACUUCGGCGGCGACAGCCUCGGGUACCUGGACAUUGCUCUGGGGUCGCACGUCGGCUGGGUCAGGGCGGUGGAGAGGAUGGCACAGGUCUGCCUCCUCAACGCGGCCAAGCUUCCUAACCUGGCGGCGUGGACGGAUCGGUUCUGCGCCCACCCGGCCGUGGCGGACGUGAUGCCUCACACGGACAGGUUCGUGGAGUUCAGCGUCAACAACGACGGCGUUCUAAAGGCACCUCAUAUAAAUUCCAAGUGAACGAAAAUAAUGUAGUAAGGGUUCGAACACCAAAUAUUUCUAUUUGGUCUAUUUAGGUUGGAUCGCGGAUAGAACAGCGGCUAUCCGUCGUCGGAGACUGCCCAGCGGCUGAAGCAUUUGGUCCGCCUCGGUCAAUAUGCUUUUCACCCAAAUUUCAUCAAAUAUGUUAAUAUGUGGUCAAAGAGGCAAUAGAAACUGAGAAAAUUACCCCAAAAAAGCUACUUUAGAAAAUUAAGUAGCUCACACAAAUAGUGUCGAAUCCAUAUAAAAAAAGUGUGCAAGUUGGGAUGUAAAAUAGGCAAAGUACAAAGGAGAAGUAAAUGUUCGAUCA